AUGAAGUUGAUUCUUUCCCCCAGGGCCGAGUUCUGCGGGAAGCAGACCAGUCACUGGCCGCCAUGCAGGGCCUGGGUCCCCCGGGGCCUGUUCCGUCCUUGUGCUGGGCUCUCUGUGCAGCUGAACAGCAGUGGGAUAGAACAAAAGGGCAUCCUGGCCAAUCAGGUAGCCGUGGUCACAGGGCCUACAGAUGGGAUCGGAUUCGCCAUGGCUCAGCGUCUGGCCCAGGAUGGGCCCCAUGUGGUGGUCAGCAGCCAGAAGCAGCAGAACAUGGACCUGGCGGUGGCAGCGCUGCAGGAGGAGGGGCUGAGCAUGAUGGGCACCGUGUGCCACAGGGGAAGGCAGAGACCAGGAGAGCUGGUGGCCACAGCCCUGGAGCACUGUGGGGACGUCGAUUCCCUGGUCUGUCAUGCUGCAGUCAACCCCCUGGUGGGGAGCACCCUGGGGGCCGGUAAGCAGGUGGGGGACAAGAUCCUGGACGUGAACGUGAUCCCGGCUGUGCCGCUGAGCCAGCUGCUGCCCCUCGUGGAGAAGAGGGGGGAGGGCAGGGAGGGCCCGUGGAGUUGGGGGGACUCUGCCCUGCUGUCCUCUACGCCAAGGGGACACUUGGGGAAGGAGCCCGCAGUGGAAUAUCCCAAGGAGAGCAGGGGAGGCUCUGCGGUGCUGAUUGCCACUGUUGCUGUCUAUGUACCUCCACACAUCCUCACCCACAUCCUCCUCAGAAUUCACACCACCAGCUCCACCACCUUCAUCAACACCGAGCCAUGA